CAGAGAUGCUGGGAAGCUCACGAGGCAGAACAGCACCCAGGUGGCGGAGAGCAGGGAAUGGCUUGGAGCAGAUGUGGAUAUGGAGAUGCUGGAGUCGUACAGCCAGAAAAAAUCACCUCCGGCCCCACCGGUCAGGACGCACAGUAAGGAGAGCCUGGCGCUGAGCAUGAGCAAGACCGUAGCACUGAGCGAGGCACUGCUGGAGCCAUGCAGCCCUGCGGCCCGGCCAGGGGGGAAGGAGCCAACAGGAGGGGGCCCGAAGGAGCAGGGGAGGAAGAGCGAGGAGGAGGAGGAAGAGGAGGAGGAGAAAGUGCUCAAAGUGGCUGAUGCCAAGAAAACCUUUGAGAAGGCGAAAGCGGAGGGGAAGGCAGCGGUUAGCAGCACACGGAAAGACACAAUGAGGCGAGUGGUACGACAGAGCAAAUUCCGGCAUGUGUUUGGCCAGGCAGUGAAGAACGACCAGUGCUACGAUGACAUCCGUGUCUCACGGGUCACCUGGGACAGCACCUUCUGCGCCGUCAACCCCUCCUUCGUUGCCAUCAUCGUGGAUGCGAGCGGCGGCGGGGCCUUCCUGGUGCUGCCUUUGCAUAAGACGGGCCGAAUUGACAAGUCCUACCCAACAGUGUGCGGGCACACGGGACCCGUGCUGGACAUAGACUGGUGUCCCCACAAUGACCAGGUCAUCGCCAGCGGUUCUGAGGACUGCACUGUCAUGGUAUGGCAGAUUCCCGAGAAUGGGCUCACGCUGUCCUUGACAGAACCAGUGGUAGUUCUAGAAGGCCAUUCGAAGCGAGUGGGCAUCGUGGCUUGGCACCCAACGGCGCGCAACGUGCUGCUCAGUGCAGGUUGUGAUAAUGCAAUUAUCAUCUGGAACGUGGGGACAGGUGAAGCCCUCAUCAACUUAGACGACAUGCACGUGGAUGUGAUCUACAAUGUGAGCUGGAAUCGCAAUGGUAGCCUAAUCUGUACAGCUUCCAAAGACAAAAAAGUUCGAAUCAUUGACCCCCGGAAACAAGAAAUCAUCGCUGAGAAAGAGAAAACCCACGAGGGAGCCCGGCCCAUGCGAGCCAUUUUCCUUGCUGAUGGAAACAUCUUCACGACUGGCUUCAGCCGCAUGAGUGAACGGCAGCUGGCCCUCUGGAAUCCAAAAAACAUGGAGGAGCCAAUAGCCCUUCACGAGAUGGACACCAGCAAUGGGGUCCUGCUGCCAUUCUAUGACCCAGAUACCAACAUUAUUUACUUGUGUGGCAAGGGUGACAGUAGCAUUCGCUACUUUGAGAUCACGGAUGAGUCCCCCUACGUUCACUACCUCAACACCUUCAGCAGCAAAGAGCCGCAGAGGGGGAUGGGGUUCAUGCCAAAGAGGGGCCUUGAUGUGAACAAGUGCGAGAUUGCCAGGUUCUUCAAGCUUCACGAGCGGAAAUGUGAGCCCAUCAUCAUGACCGUCCCUCGAAAGUCGGACCUCUUCCAGGACGACCUGUACCCUGACACAGCCGGCCCGGAGGCAGCGCUGGAAGCAGAAGAGUGGUUUGAAGGGAAGAAUGCUGAUCCCCUUCUCAUUUCCUUGAAGCAUGGGUACAUUCCUGGCAAGAACAGGGAUCUCAAGGUGGUCAAGAAGAAUAUACUGGACAACAAGCCUGCUGCAAACAAGAAAAGCGAUCUCAUAAGUGCUCCAAAGAAAGCAGCUGAUGCCUCAGACACUCAAAACGAAGCCAAAUUGGACGAGAUUUUGAAAGAGCUGAAAUCCAUAAAAGACACCAUCACCAACCAAGACGAGCGCAUUUCCAAGCUGGAACAGCAGAUGGCGAAGAUCGCGGACUGAGCGGAGCUGGCGGGCGCUGCCAGCCCAACACAUUCCAGUUCCCCAGUUCGGCCAGCAGCAGCAGCGUGCAGCAUUCCAGUACGAGCUUUCCUGUUCUCCCAAAUUCACGUCAACGAGAGCCGAUGAUUAAAGCCAAGCUUUUUAGUGAAAGAAUUCUUUUUUUUUCCUGAUGUUUUAAUGAAUUUCUGUGACUGUGUCAACCGAUUCAACGACAAUAAGUGCUACUUUUACAGUCUUUAUUAUUAUUAUUAUUAUUUUUUCCCCCCCUCACAGAUGUUAUGAAUUCUUGCAAAGAAAAAAAAACAAACCCCAUCCUGACUUCUUUCGAUGUCGUGCCCAAAUAUCUUUUCUAGAUGUAGGGACCAAUGCCACAUUGUUCGUAACCAUAUCGAUAUAUAUAUUUUUUUUUAAAGUUGCCAAAAAAAAAAAAUAAGAAAAAGGAAAAAAACAGUUGCUUUUUUUUCUGUUUUUAAACUUUUAUUUGCCACUUUUGCAGUAUUUGUGUUGGAAAUCUAAAGGGACAGCACUGUGUGUGUGUGCGCGUAUGUGUGUGUGUGUCUGGGGGUGUUUAUACCGUUUCGAGAUGGGAACUGAAGCUAUUUUGUAUGACUCUUCAAUGUUGAACAAUCAGAUCGGUUUCCCUCGCAGUGUGGCUGCUGCUGAGCCCCUCGGAGGUGACUCUCCUGCCUUCCUAAUGCCUUUCUGAUGGUGGUUGAAAAAAUAUAUCUAUCGUUGUGAACGAAGCGAUCCGUGCCGCAAUGCCUCUUCUCCUUUGUACGCCCUGCAGGACUUCUGAACCAGCGUCGUGCUGCCCAACGAAAAGAGAUUGGGACCAUCCCAGCUGUGUCCAAACAGACGUGUGCUCAUUGCCAGGCUUUGUUUUAAGGCAGAAGUGACCUCCGUGCAGGCAGUGGUGUGUAGAGUUACUGGGGUGCAAAGCUGAAGGUGUUCGGUGUUGGCAACCUGCAGGUCAUGCAAGCAGCCAGCUCCUGUGCUGUAUGCAUGGCUGUAAAUGUGUGCCUGCACCUUAUUUGCUUUCAGAAGCCUUUAAAAGCUGUGACUUUGCAAUUCUUUGUCCCAAACUGUAGUGCUGAUGAUAGAAAUUUGGUUACUUGCUUCCGAAACGAUGUUAGGAGCAGCCAGGCAACUUUCAUGAUGGGUCUCCAGAAACAAAACGCCUCUGACUGUUUUUGACUUCCCCCCCAACCUCCCCAUCAUUCCUGCCUUAAAACUUCACAGGAAAUAGUUUGUUCCUAGAUGAGAUCAGCAGCCCUCAUCCUCUUUGAGAUCCUCAGCUGAAAGGUGCAGGACUUGCCAAGCUCCUCGCUGGGUUUCUGCUGCUCACAUGAGGUUUACACUGCCAGGGGGCUGCCUGUGCAUGGGGCAGGCGUGUUCUUGGCUCUAUUAUCUGGCCAUAGAAGUUCCCAUGGGUGUGCCCAGGAUGGUGCUGCCCAGCCAAACUCUGCCAACCCUUAGGCUUUGCUGUGUUGAUGCAGCCCACAUGCAGUGCCCGGUAUCCCGUGCCAAACCCUAUGUGAGUGAAACCUGGGGUCAGAUUGACAUCUGGGAAGCACUCAGCAGCUGAUGAGCCCCCCCGGUCCCCUCCCAGCUGUCCCUGAUCCAGCAUAGCUGCAGUGUGUGCCAGCGUGUGUGCUUGGAGCCAGCCUCGGAGCAGCGUCAGGGUGCGUCCCUUCAUCCAGGCUGAUCCUUUUCUUUCCCAUUAGGUUAGUUAGAAAGCCUCAAAUCCCCCGUUAGGUUGGGGUUUGGGGUUUUACUUCUUUUCAGUGUUUGCAUGUUCACUCCUUACCCAUUAAGGAUUGUCUGUGCUGGAGGGAUGUCUGUGUCAGUGAGCAUGGGGAGAGCUAGGAGAAGUAGCAGAGAGGCACGAGGAUGGGAUACGAAAAGCAGAGUACGUGUUAUAAUCCCAUAGCAUGAAAGCUUCCUCAAAGUGGUUUUUCCUUUGUAGCUGGGGGUGCCAUGUCACAGCCCUCCAGAUCCUCAGGGCCACUUGGUGACGUUUCUGUGCCACAGUAUAUGGCUGAGCUGAUGUGUCUUUACUUUUGGGACAUAAGAACCGAACGUUCUGCUUCCCCCUACCCCGAAAUGGUGAUUUCUGUGUUGAUUUGUGUGACUUCAGGGUGGUUGUGUGCUUGGGGAGAGCUUUUUGUUUUCUAAUUGGAGGGAAAUAAAGUUUCCGUACCGCUGGA